AAUAGCAUCGCUUUAGGAUGCUGAACAAGGCACCGCUGUCGCAUCAGGACCAGAAGUCUGAAUGGGAUGGGGACGAUAAAAGAGAUCUGGAGCUGAGAAAAAUGCCAUGAGUCUGAGAGCAAUCCUGCUCUAUAUCUAAGAGGUCUUAGAGCAAACCAGCCAGGAACCUGACAUCAAAGGAAUGCACACAAGAUGUAAAUGGAGAAGCAGAAGUGUCAAGAAGAAAAACAGGACAUCUGCACAGUUGCAAAACGGAUUUGCAUUAAAAGGCAAACAACAACAUCCCAUCACUUUCCUCUAAUACAAUCCAGUACUGACAAUUAAUGUCAAGCAGCACAUCGGUGCAGCAUUAUGCUGCCUUGCUGGAAGAAACGCUGCUAAUGGAAAGAAAACAUAAGAUUCAAUGCAUUAAAUACAUAUAAAUGCAGCAGAAUGCCUUCAAAAGUCUCAUGCUUGUACGUGUUGACAGUCGUUUGCUGGGCAAGUGCUCUUUGGUACUUGGGUAUAUCCCGCCCGACAUCCUCAUAUGUCAGUGGGCAGAUGUCUUUGCCUAUUCGGAAGACUGUGAAAACCCUUAAGAACACUACGUUCAGCAACAUGCGGACGCGAACGCUGAACCCACACACCUUUGACUUUGUCAUCAACGAGCCUAAGAAAUGUGAGACGAACACGCCCUUCCUGGUCAUCCUGAUCAGCACCACACACAAAGACUUUGAUGCCCGUCAGGCCAUCCGGGAGACCUGGGGCGAUGAGAGCACCUACAGCGACAUCCGCAUCAUCACCCUCUUCCUGCUGGGCCGCAACACGGACGCCGUCCUCAACCAGAUGGUGGAACAGGAGAGCCAGAUCUUCCACGACAUUGUGGUGGAGGACUUCAUAGACUCAUACCACAACCUCACCCUCAAGACCCUGAUGGGCAUGCGCUGGGUGGCCACCUUCUGCUCCCAGGCCCAGUACGUCAUGAAGACAGACAGCGACAUCUUUGUCAACAUGGACAAUCUGGUCUAUAAGCUUCUGAAGCCCACCACCAAGCCCAAGAGGAGGUACUUCACGGGCUACGUCAUCAACGGAGGUCCCAUCAGAGACAUGCGCAGUAAGUGGUACAUGCCCAGAGACCUGUACCCAGAGGCUAAGUACCCCCCGUUCUGCUCGGGCACGGGGUAUGUGUUCUCAGUGGACGUGGCUGAGCUGAUCUAUAAGACCUCGCUGCACACCAGACUGCUCCACCUGGAGGAUGUGUACGUGGGACUGUGUCUGAGGAAGCUGGGCAUCCACCCCUAUCAGAACAGUGGCUUCAAUCACUGGAAAAUGGCCUACAGCCUGUGCAGGUACCGUCGUGUUAUCACUGUCCAUCAGAUCUCACCGGAAGAAAUGCACCGAAUCUGGAACGACAUGUCCAGCAAGAAACACCUCAGAUGCUAGCGGCACCUGAGGACAACUCAGCUUGGACUCUUCUUAAUUUUCUGACAGCAUUAGUUCUCUAUAGGCUACUAGUAUACUACUGAAUCCACUCUGUAGCUGUUGGGUGCAUGAAGCUUGUAAAGCGCAUGUUCUCAUUCAAACACAGUAAAAUUGUCUUGUUGCUAGUCAUUUUAUAAUCUGUCUAGAAUUCCAACUAUAGACUUCACAAACUCAUUUUGAUGAACAUUUACUCUCCAGUAUACAUUUUUGAAAGUAACAUUUACAAGUGAAACCAGAGUUAUUAUUGAAAGAAAAAACGAUUUAUUUGUCAGUGUAAAUCUAUCUACUUUCUGCCAAGUUCUCAUGCUGUUUUGGGGGAUGCCGUUACCCACACCAUGUCUCAUCCCUCAUCCCUCCUACCAAUCUUAUGGCUGGUCAACUACUGUACACACAAUAUACAUACAAUUUGAAAUAGCAAAUAAUGCUGCAACAAUGACAACAACAAUAUCUAUAUUCUGCAAACGUGUGAAUGUUGUUGGUUAUUUUCAUAUUGCUGCCAUUUUUUAAGAAAAUAAUACAAUUCUGCUGGAUGUACGUCACCACUAUUGGUAGUGAUGUACACAGUGUUCAAAACUACAUGUGUGGGUCAAACAGAUGCUAUACAUUUUAAUUUGACUGGGUCUUUAUGUUUAAAUAUUGGUGCAAAUGUAGGCUAACUGCCACUUCUUCUGGAAAGAAACAGAAAAAAUGCUUUUUACAUUUAGAUGUUAUUUAUUUAUUUUUUUACCCUAUUCUUACAAUGUACUUUAAGUAAUUAAUGGUGUCAUGCUACAUGCUUCUGAUAAAACUGGCUUCUAUUACUUUAUACUGUACAUAGAGAGCUGAUUAAUUAACAAUUCAUUACCACUACCAAGUAUCAACAGACAUAAAUAUAAUUUUGUCCAAGUGACAAUUUACAUAGUAACAACUAUCUACAUUCACAAAUGAAUGUAUUAGCAUGUGUAUUUGGCAUAUCUUCACUGAAGCACUGCUAUUGAAGUAAUGGGAAAUGAUAUUUUCUAGAACUUGGAUGGCUGUAAUGGUCCAAAUGUAAUUUAAGUUUUUUUUAAGUCUAGUUUUAUACUGAACAAAAAUAUAAACGCAACAUUCAACAAUUU